AGUGCAGUCGCCCUGCACCCUAAUACGCUCCAGGACAGAGUGUCUGGCUCUCCACUCAUGACCUCCUCCAUACUCCCACCGCCCCCCCCAACUCAUCGAGGGCGACCCGUCUACACGGUCCUCCGUCUCAUUAGGCCUAGACGCCGUGGGAGAGGCUUUCAGUACCUGGUGGACUGGGAGGGCUAUGGACAGUAAAGGCGUUCCUGGGUUCCUGCCCAGAGCCGAUCCACCAAACAUCUGAAUUCACCUGCAAACCGACACAACAAAGCAGAGGGCAUCAAAUGGAGGAUCAGUCUGCCAGUGAACCUGCCAGCUUUGUCCUGGCGGACUACGCUGUCUUUGCCACCAUGUUGCUCAUCUCUAUGGCCAUAGGUCUCUUUCAGGCCUUGAGGAAGAGGUCGACGAGUGCUGAUGAGUUCUUCACCGGUGGUCGGAGUAUGCCAGCCGUGCCUGUGGGGCUGUCACUCUGCGCCAGUUUUAUGUCAGCGGUCCAGGUUCUGGGUGUCCCUGCCGAGGCGUCCCGCUAUGGCUUCAGGUUCCUCUACAUGAGCCUUGGACAGAGCAUCAACUCCCUGCUGACGGCGUACCUCUUCCUGCCCGUUUUCUUUCGACUGGGCAUCACCAGCACCAAUCAGUAUCUGAAGAUGAGAUUUGGCAGAGGGAUGCAGCUGUUGGGAAGCAUCCAGUUUCUCAUUGCAACGCUGCUUUACACUGGGAUCGUCAUCUAUGCACCCGCCUUGAUCCUCAACCAAGCUACUGGAUUCAAUAUGUGGGCAUCUCUUUUUUCGACUGGGUUCAUUUGCACCCUGUACACCACAAUGGGUGGGAUUAAAGCUGUGAUCUGGACUGACGUCUUCCAGAUCAUUGUCAUGUUGUCCGGCUUUGUGGCCAUUUUCAUCUACGGCACAGUUCUAGUUGGUGGUCCUGCAAUGGUGCUGGAGAUCGCCAGGAACGGCUCACGCAUUAAUUUCAAUAACUUUGAUGUUGACCCGCGGCAGCGCUAUUCCUUCUGGAGCCUCUCUGUUGGUGGUGCAAUGGUUUGGCUGUCCAUGUAUGGAGUGAACCAAGCUCAAGUGCAGCGUUACAUCUCCUGCAGGACAGAGAGGGAUGCCCAGUGGGCCCUGUUUGUGAACCAAGUGGGUCUGUUCCUCGUUGUGGGCAGUGCAGCGACCUGUGGCAUCGUCUUGUUUGCAUAUUACAUCCACUGUGAUCCACUGAAGUCUGGGAAAAUAUCUUCUCCUGAUCUGUACAUGCCGUACUUUGUUUUGGACAUAUUCAGAAAUCAUCCAGGCUUCCCAGGUCUUUUCCUUGCCAGUGCAUACAGCGGCACUCUGAGCACAGUUUCCACCAGUAUCAAUGCCAUGGCAGCGGUGACGAUGGAGGAUCUGCUGCGACCUCAUCUUGUCAACAUCAGCCAGAAGAAACAAAUUCUUAUUUCCAAAGGACUGUCUCUCUUGUAUGGAGUUGGUUGUAUCACUGUGGCGGCUCUCUCCUCCCUGCUGGACUGGGGAGUUCUGCAGGGAUCAUUUACCAUCAUGGGUGUGGUCAGCGGGCCAUUACUCGGUGUAUUCAUUUUGGGGAUGUUUGUUCCGGCGACAAACCGGCCGGGGGCAUUCGCAGGAAUGAUAUCGGGCUUCUGCGUCUCUAUGUGGCUGGCUGUUGGUUCAACUCUUUACCCUCCCAGUGAAGAGACGAUGGGUGUCUUGCCAAGCUUCACCGGCGAGUGCCCACGUGUCAACAUCACCCUGAACAGCAGCCCCGACCAGGACCAGCACUCAAUCUCCAUACCACUACAGCCAGAUGAUCAGGGGGGCCUGCUGAACUUCUACUCCAUGUCCUACCUCUACUUUGGUGCUAUGGCGACGAGUUCGGUUAUUCUAGUCGGGGUGAUAGUGAGUUAUGCAACAGGAGCGACACAGAGGAGUGAUAUUCAAGAGGGUUUAUUGUGGUGGGACCUGAAUAAAAAGCAAGUGGAGCUUCAUUCAGAGCCCAGAGUGAGUACUGUGAUAACAGCUGUAGUUGAUGCAAGUGCUCAACCAAGGAGGUUAUGUUUUCACUGUCUGUUUCCUUGUGGGUUGGUUUGUUUGGAAGCAGGGUUACACCAUAGUUAUUGAACUGAUUUUAAUUUUGCACAGUGUAAGGAUGUGGUUUGGGUCAAAGAAGAACCACAUCAGUUUUUAAUGUGGAUCCGGAUCAUUGGGAGGAUUCUGGAUUUUUGCCAGAUCGAGUUUCCCCAGAGAAUAAUUCAUGGAUAUAAGGGGACUGUUGGGCCUUGGUGGUGGUUUGUGCUCUACUGAGUGUCAUUCUAUCGCAUCCUUCCAUUGAG